UUCCCCAACUACCUAGCUCUUCGUUAUACCCCCGGCCAGUACUCCCAAAAUUGACUCAUUAAUCCCAAGACAAAGUCCUCUCCAAAACCAUCUCUUCUCCUUCAAACCUCUCCAACCCCAACACAAAUCCACUUCGAUCUCUUUCUCUUACUUGUUCAUCAAACUCAAAGCCCACAUACUCAUAUAUAUCUAGCUAGCUACUACGAGUUUUCUUUAAGUACCGUUUUGCUUAUUUACAUUUCUCUUCUUGACAUAUAUACAUUCACAAAAAAGGCAUAUCAUAUGGGAAACUACGUUUCUUGUGCUCUAUCCAGCCCAGGAGGCAAGCAAUCUAGAGCCACAAAAGUGAUCUUCCCAAGCGGCCAAAUUCAAGAAUUCCAUGCACCCAUUAAAGCAGCUGAACUCAUGCUUGAGACACCAAACUUCUUCGUUGUAAACUCAAUAUCUCUCCAAAUUGGACGAAGGUUUUCUGCACUCAACGCCGACGAAGACCUAGAGAUGGCUAACGUUUAUGUCAUGUUCCCCAUGAAGAGACUCAACUCUAUUGUCACAGCAGCUGACAUGGGUGCCUUGUUCCUCACCGCCAAUUCUGCAGCCAAGCGUGGUUCUGGCGAAGCCAACAUAAGGACAUUUCCGGAGACUAGAGAUGUUCCCCAGUUGGUGGAGGGAAAAACAGCUGAUGAUUGGCAGGAAAAUGAGACGGCGGUGGCGGUACCAAAGUUGAAUUUGGAUGAUAUUGAGGAAUUUUCGUCGCCAGAGUUUAUGCUUAGGUUGUCUAUGUGCAGGUCAAGGAAACCAUUGUUAGAGACCAUAGCAGAAGAGCCAGUUAUUUGUUCACGUUAAACUAGGGUGUGUUUUUUUUUUUUUUUUUUUCCGUAGUUGGGUCAAAUAGUAUAUAGUUAGUAUUACGUGCCCUUCCUGCAAGGGAAGUUUUUUAAUACAUUUUAAGUGGAGAUUCAAAUCCUAAAGGGUUUUUGUUUGAAACACUAAAUGUCAUUAUUGGUUUUAUGCAAGGAAGUUAGGAAGGUUAAAGAAAAGUGAGUAAAAUUCUUUGGACAUGACAUGUAUAUGGAUAGUUGGAAUAAAUAUUUUGAUGGUUAGGUCAUGUUUUAAGUGAAGUCACAUGUGAACAAAAUAUCAAUUAAUGGAGAAAAUUUUAUGUAUGAUUG